AUGCUAUCAGUAAAAUUUAUUUUACUGAUGCUGAUGGCACAUUGUGCCUUCGCCAGGCCGAGUGAGGUGACAACUCAGGAGGUCGAUAUUAAAAAUCAGGAAUUUUCGGCUGAUGCAGAAUCGGAUACUACUGAGGUGAAAGAGGACUUUUCUGGAGUACGUCGUGCCCGACACUUUGGUGGACUGGGUGGUGUUGUUAUUGGUGUCGUACAACCCAUUGCCCCACCACCACCUCCUCCUCCACCACCGCCACCAGUAGUUACCACAAUUCCCGUGGUGGUACGAACUAUCCCGGUACAUGUACAUUAUGUAAGUGGUGGAUAUGGAGGUGGCGGUGGCGGUGGAGGUUGGGGUGGUUAUGGUGGUGGAGGAUAUGGCGGCGGAGGCUGGGGUGGAAGUGGUUAUGGUGGAGGCGGUUAUGGAGGUGGCGGAUAUGGCGGUGGCGGCUAUGGAGGUGGCGAUCAUGGCGGCGGAGGUUGGGGCGGUGGUAGUUAUGGUGCAGCUGCUUCAGCUUCGGCUUCCAGCUAUGGUGGUGCUGCAUCUGCUUCAGCCAGUGCAUUUGGAAAAUAA